AUGUCUAAGAAAGAAGCUUUCAAGUUUGUGAGUGAGGUUGUUCAAAAUAAAAUCUCAAACAGGAAAAAUGUGUACUUGAGUGAGAAUACUGGUAACUUCUGGUGGGGUAGGAAAGAAGGGGGUGGCAUAGAUUACAUUAAGCGAGGUGGGCUAGUUUUGCUGGCCUUCAAUGAGGCUUUGCUCUUGAAACAACUUUGGAGGGUUCUCACAAAACCAAUCCUUCUUAUGAGCAAGGUUGUGAGGGUUAGAUGUUUUCAUAAAGCUAGGCUUGUGGAGGCUAAAGGAGUUCAAGGAGAUGGAGUUUGCAGGAGUUUUGGAGAGGAGGAAGAAGACAUAGAACACCUAUUCUUCAGCUAUGGAAGACUAGAAAUUUUUGAGUGCUUAAACAAUGCUGGACUAAGGAGAAAAGAGUGGUUGAAAAUGCUAGGGGUGAUUGGUUAUGUGAGGGCAAAAGUAGAAAGUGUGGCGGUGCUGAGGUGUGAGUUAGCUGCUGUGUUUAAAUCUAUAUUGGUGCUUGACAAUGCUGUUUCUAGGAAUUUCUUUGGAGAUUCAGUGGAGGCUUGGCUAAGCUUUAUUGGGAGUUUGGACAUUGGCCUUAGAUGGAAGAAUCUAGUGAAGCUAUUGAACUCUGGACUGCUUAGUGGAACUGCUAGGGAUGUGGUGAGUGCAGAUAUUUUGUCCAUGGCAGUAUCCUUUUCUUCUUUUUGA